AUGUUUGACGCAGUGUAUCUGUUGUCUUGCGAGGGGAAAGUGCUGCUGUCUCGGAGUUUCCGAGAAGUUCCUGCUGCUCACUUGGCAGCAUUUUGUCGGAGUCUGUUUGCUCGGGUGUACGUACACCCCGCGCCCCCCGUCUUCUGCGCGGGCGAGGGAAGAAACAAAACGACAUUUCUGUACAUUUGCUGCGCAGCAGCAGCAGCAGCAGCAGACGCGGAGGCUGCGGGCGCCGCUGCUGCUGCUGCUGCUGCUGCUGCGGGCCCCGCUGCUGCUGCUGCUGCUGCUGCGGGGCUGCAGGCCGCGCUGCAGCGCACGCAGGCCGCGCUGCGCCACAGGGGCCAGGGGGGCCUCGUGGCAGCACUUGCAUGCAGAGGCAAUCCCAAUGCUGCAGCAGGACUUGUGCUGCUGCGGCAGCUGCUGCUGCUGCUGCAGGAGUGUGCGGGGCGUGCUGCAGCGCCGGGGGCUCCGCUGGGGCCCCCGGGGGCCCCCGGGGGCCCCCCGGGCUCGCGGGGGCCCCUGGGGGCCCUGGGGGCCCUGGGGGCCCUGGGGGCCCUGGGGCUCCGCAGGGGCCCCCCGGGGGCCCUCGACGAGGCCUUCAUAAGGGCGCAUGCAGCAGCAGUUUUGCAGCUUCUUGACGAGGCCCUCGACAGCGGAAUUCCGCAGAGUUCGGAGCCGCAGCUGCUGCUGCUGCUGGCGGAGGCGAGCAGCAGCAGCAGCAGCAGCAGCAGCAGCAGCCGCUGGGGCGCCCGCGGCUUCC